AUGGCUGACAUGCGGGAUUCCCCACGGGACGUUGCUUCGUAUCUGAGAAAGGUACGCAAGCCCCUAGUUGAGCGUCAACGACGUGAGAGGAUGAACGCAAGUAUUGACCGUCUCAAGCUCCUUAUCGCGGACACCAUCCGACAACAGGUGUCACCAAUGACGCGUGUGGACAAGGCGGACAUCCUGGAGCUCACCGUGUUCCAUCUGACACGGCUACAGCAUCAGCAGAGGGCCGUUCACGUAGCAACCGAAGCCAAAGACGCCACCUCAUGCAUAGCCUCUUACCAGACCGGUUUCCGGGAUUGCUUACAGGAGGCGGUCACAUAUAAAGCUGUAAACGGCGCGUGUGAUCCGGUUGUUACGACCAGUGUGAGCGGAAAUUUGAGGAGCGUCUAUGCACAGAAGCGGAAUAGAUUCCAGGCUGCUGGAGGAGGGAUUGAGGAAGAUGAUAAUCGGAUUCCACAGAUAGAAAACCAACAGCCCUGUACAUAUAGUCACCAAGGCCAUAACCCACGGGCCGUUUUCAUGUCAACGCCAAGAAGAUCGGACGAACGGUUGAAUCGAUUGACGGGUCAAAUCACAAUACCCUCUAUGGGAACUCAGGAUUGCUCGCCGAUCUCGCAGAUGACAAAAGGCCACGAUAACGUCAUCAUACAUAAUUCCAGCACUUCCGGGUUGAGUUUCGACAGCAAUGAUUCUGGAUUUUCCAACCUCGACGUGUCUGCUGACAGUCAAUCACCAAACCGAGGUGUAUCUUUGGGGUCAGAUGGUUGUUUUUCAUUUGACCGAAGUAACGAUGAUGCAGUCGUGCAAGUGACCAGAGACGAUGUUUGGCGCCCGUGGUAG